GCGGGGGUGCGAAUUGAACCGGAAGUAGCCAAGUUUUGGCUUCCCACGUGAGUACGCGAGCGGCGCCCUGCGCGGGAGCGGCGCGAGGAUGAAGCUGCUGACGCACAACAUGCUGACCUCGCAUGUGCGGGGCGUGCGGCCCGGGGGCGGCUUCCCCCUCCGUAUCCAGGCCACCGAGGUGAAAGUGAGUAACGUGGAUUUCAACCAGGAGUUCGUGGCACGGAUGAUCCCCAAGGUGGAGUGGGGGGCCCUGGUGGAGGCUGCUGAGAGCCUGGGCCACCUGUCAGACCUGCCUCCCCAGCUGCCUCCUGAGUAUGAGAACAAUGAAGACUUCCUGAAGAAGGUGCAUCAUGUGCUGCUGGAGGUGGAGGUGAUGGAAGGUGUACUGAAGUGCCCUGAUUCUGGCCGGGAGUUCCCCAUCACCAAGGGCAUCCCCAACAUGCUGCUAAGUGAGGAGGAGACGUGAAGGGCCUGGGUGUCCAAGACGGAAAGAUGGGGUAGGGGAGCUCCCUGAGGUGGGAGGGAGAGUCCUGUAUGAUGUAGAAGACAGUCUUUGCUUGUUUGGUUUGUGUAUAAAUAAAACUAUGAGGUGGAGCCUG